GCAAAUCCACUUAUGUGCUUAUGUCCCCGGUCUAAAAAUAGUAGAAAAUGACGGAAAACACAGAAUCAACACGUCAUUAGUUGUGAGCGCGUGGGAAAUUGUUCUUCGGUCUCUGCAGAGACAAUUCAUUUGUCAUGAGGAAAUGAUGAAGACGAUGAUGGGUUACAAGCUGCCAUGACGGACAGAGGCCCGGCAUUGACGGAGAGUUGGGUGAGAUGGCAGCAGCGGACGCAUAAGAGGAAGGAUUAGCGUAACAAGGCGGAUGUUGGAAGGAAAUUAAAGGGAAUUUCCUCACUUAGCGGAUGAAAUAAGGAUGGGGACUUUUGUGACCCUGGCAGAGGUGCUAGAGGCCCGGGGAUCACCGCUAGAUGAGGAUGAGGUCUGGUGUCUGCUGCUCGUCACCACUGAGGCCUUACUGGGUGUUUCCAAGAAAGGAGGCGGCACCGUAUGCAGUGUGCUCAGCCCAGGCUCGGUGCUACUGUCCUCUCAUGGGAGUCUUGCCUUUAAGAGCUGUGGACGAUAUGAUGAUGUGGCCUCCUUUGUGGCUCCUGAAGUCCUUCAGGGGCAUAAUGCAUCUGCAAGAAAUACAGCGGAAAAGACACUAGUGUACUCACUGGGCAUGACUUUUUAUUGGUGCGUGGAUUAUCAGCUACCUCAAAACCAGCCGGUCCAGCUUAGUGCGGAGCUGGAGGGUUUACUCCUGAGCAUGUGCGAGGACACAGUGGCGAGACGGACGGACCUGCUGACGGUCCUAGAGACCUGCGAGCUUCACCACAAAACCUUCAUGCUGCCUCCAGCCGAGAGGCUUGUCAGGCAGCUGGUGGAGGACAUUUACAGAAACACGGGUGAACCUAAUCUUAUGGCAGAAAACGGAUCCCUGCUGACUGAUCGCAGUCAAAUUGUCAGAGACAAGCUUCACAGGCGGUCUUUUUGUAAUUCAACAUGGGUGAUGAAAACCAAGAUCUCCAGAACUUUCUCAGGAGCAUCCUAUCCACCUGAGCCCACAAGGCGUCGGCACACGGAGACGAACGGGAGCUGGCAGCAGUUGAAUCGGACUGCCUGUAGCCCAUACAUGGACGGCGGUCGACAUGCUAACUCCAGAUUCCUCACACAGUUUGAAUCCUCAAUGAGUUUGAAUGAGAAAAAAAACAAGGACAUGGGUCCAGAGUUCCUAAGAAUGUCAGAUGAGCCGGUAGUUGUCUUGGAGCUCCCCGGAUCAAUUGUGUCAAAGAAAGGGAAGUCCCCCGUCACGCAAAGAGAGCUGACGGUGGUAAUGCCCAAUGGUCAAAACAUAGUCGUCAAAUGUGACGUGAAAUCCAGAGGCGGGGACGUGUUUGACAUGAUUGUCGCUCACGCCAACCUGGUGGAACACUUUUACUUCGGCCUUGCUUACAUCGAUGAUAAUGAGUUCUUCUUUGUGGACAAUGGCUGCAAGAUUUCCAAAGUUGCUCCAGAUAGCUGGAAGAAAGUGCCUUCAAUCACCUUUGUCCUUUUCUUCAGAGUCAAAUUCUUCGUCAAUGACAUUUCUUUUAUUUUGCACAAACAAACACACCACCAGUACUACCUCCAACUCAGAAAAGACGUCCUGGAGGACAGAAUGUCCUGCCAUGAAGAAACUGCUCUUUACCUCGGCGCUUUGGCCUUGCAGACAGAGUACGGGGACUGCAUGCCUGAGGUGUAUGGUAGAAACUACUGUCGCCCCGAUCAAUACGUCCCCAAGAGUGUGAUGGAAAAACGUGCCUUGCCUUAUAUUAUUGGAGAGCUGCAACGGCUUCAUAGCAACAACGCCCAAAUGCUCACCGACGAAUCAGAACUGGAGUUCCUCAAAGUUUGUCUGCAGUUGCCUGAAUACGGAGUCUUGUUCCAUCGAGUGACACGGGAAAAAAAACCUGCAGGAGAAAUUAUACUUGGAGUUUGUGCAAAAGGGGUUAUCGUUUAUGAGGUGAAAAAUGGCUGCCGGUGUACCAGUCAGACUUUCUACUGGAGGGAGACCGCCACUAUUUCUUCCAACAGGCGGAGAUUCGUCAUAGAGUGUCGCGUCAGUAAGAAGAAGUACACGUUCAUCACAGAGACAUCCAAGAUAGCCAAAUACCUGUGUAACCUCUGUUCAUCGCAGCAUAAGUUCAACAAUGAAAUGAAUUCUCGUCAGCUCAGCCACAGCCUGACCUCAGACGAGAACAUCUCCCAUUACGCAGCAACGUGCCGAACACAAAGCAGUCGGCUCAAGUCCAUCAUAGGUUCUGAGACACCGCAAGAUGACAGCGGUCUGACCACUCCUCAAGAUGAGUCUCUGACGCGGCUGUGUGAGGAUGUCGCUGCAAGGAUCGAAGCCCGCUUUAAACAGAAGCGUCAGAGUCUUUAUGAACAAAGCACCUGUUCCAGCAGUCAGCGCAGCAGCACUGGCAUGCGUUCCCCGGCCUGUUCCCAGAGGAGUGGCUCUGAAGCCCCCUUUAGCUCUCCAGCAGCCGGAGAAACUCCAACUAAGCUGGUGUCAGCAUCAGAAAGAGAAGUUAUAUGCAUCUCUCUUAAAAAAGAUCCAAAGCUCGGCCUGGGUAUAGUGAUAGUGGGAGAGGACACAGCGGGCCGUUAUGACCUGGGCAUUUUUAUUGCAUCUGUCGUACCCGGGGGACCUGCUGAUAGGGACGGACGUAUACGACCAGGUGGUCGCCUGAUCUCUCUGAACCACAUCAGCUUGGAGGGCGCCACCUUCAGCGAGGCAGCCGAGGUCAUGCAGAGCAGCCCGGAGGAGGUGCAGCUCAUUAUCUCCCAGCCAAAAGCUCCCCAGACACCCAACACUCUGCGACCUUCUGCACUGAGGAACUACGAGUCGCAAACCACACUGAUGGCAUACGGACCAUCAGGAGAGGACAGCCUGGAUGAGAUCGUCUCAGUCAUGAUGGAGCCAAAGACCGGCAAUCGGCUCCACAUCCCCCAAGAAGUCCGUGUUCUUAACGCGCAGGAUGGCUGCUCCUUAUCUUCCUCGAUGAACUGCGAGAGGCUAGAGGAGAUCACCGUGAAGCUCAAGAAGCUAUCGGGAAGUCUGGGAAUCAGCAUCUCUGAUGGCGUCAACGCUAGCUAUCCCAAUGGAGGAAUGUACAUCAAGAGCCUGGUUCCAGGGGGGUCUGCUGAUAAAGAUGGACGCAUACAUGCGGGUGACAGACUUGUAGAAGUUGACGGAAUCAGUUUUCAGAGCGUUACCUACGAGCAGGCAGUGGAGUGCCUGAGCAACACCGGGGAGGUGGUGACUUUGGUUGUGGAGAGGCAGCCCAUGAAGGUGCCCAGGGUCUCUUUGAGUGCCUACACUGACAGCAGCAGUGUAUCUGCUCACAACAUUGACGUAGUCACCAAGCAGCACAGGACCAACAGCUUCUCGUCCAUUAGCACCCCAUCUUCACAUGCAUUCUGUGACCGACCCAGGGACUAUAAUGUCGUCGCUGAUGGCCACACACAGGAAGUGACCCUGACUAAAAGCGGCACCGGUCUGGGCUUUAGCUUCAUUAUGUGUGAGCUGGACCCGCCCAUUCCGGACUUUGGCAGUCUGAUCCGAAUAAAACAGCUUUUCCCCGGCCAACCGGCCCAGCUGAGUGGCAGGAUCAACGAGGGAGAUGUACUCUUAGCCAUCAACGGCCAGUCACUCAAGGAGUUGUCUUAUCCAAAAGUGCUAAAGCUGUUCAAGACGUCACCCCCAGUGGUUCGACUCACGCUCUGUCGGCCUUCACCAGGGACCCUUCCAUCCAUCCAUCAAUUUACAGGAACAUGAGCGAGUCAUAGUGUCACACAGCACCAACAAGACAAACCUCGGAGGCAGUGUUUUGCUUCCUGGCAAGACAGGACACGCUAACAGAGACAAAGAACCUUCUGCUCCAUGACUGCAGUGUACUAAAGAAGCAAAGCUGAAUAUGUGACUGCAGACGGACUGUGGAUGUUAGUGGUGGGUUUGUGGAGACAAAAACACAAAUUAAGGAUGCAUUUUUUUCUACUGCAACUUUUCAUUGUUAGAGCUACUUGAACAAAAAGAAUGGAGAAGUGGCCCCAAACCGGAAAAUGUGGACUUCCCUACUCUUGGAUUUUCACCAACCUUGGGUGGGUACAGAACCGAACACCAGUAAAAAGCAGAGAAGCCUCUUUAAGGGUUCUGGCCUAAGAGAUAGCAUUUGGAAACAUAAUUAAAACAUCUUCAUUCUAAUACAGUAAUUCCAAUACUUGCAGCUCAUCCUGUGGCCACAAGGUGGCAGCAUCGUGUUGCUAAAAUUGUGUUCCUACUGUAUAUAGUGUUAUAUUUUUGUCUUUUCCAUGGGAAACCAGAAUAUACACCAAACCAAAGACCACACUAUAUUGGACCGCGGCCGUGUUUUCAUCAUGAUAUUAAACAUAUGUUUAAUGUUUUGCCUGAGGAAGCAUCGUAUUUUCUCACUCAAAUAAAAGCCUCUAAAA